GGAGGGGCUUGGUCACUCGUGAGGCUCAAGGGGCUUACACAUAAGCCCUCGGUGAAGUCUAAAAUAUGACCGUGGACAUAUUUUAACCAACACAGCACCAAAAGCCUGCAGCAACCCCAGCUUGUGUGAAGUUGACAUGAAACUCUCCAGCCCAAGCACCAUGAGGCAGCUGAAGAUGCCUUUUAGAAUGUUUUUCUGUAGCAGUUUCUUUCCACUUCUGUGCUUGGCUCCUUGCCCCUUGUUUUGCAGGAAAGACACUGCUGAUCCUGUAACAUGGAGGAUUGUCUUCAUACCUCAUCUGAGAAUCUGUCCAAAUUGGUCAGCUGGGCCCACAGCCAUGGGACUAUUUGCAGCCUCAUUCCAAACCUGAAACACUUGCUGUCUGAAGGUUCCCAUGGGAACCUGACUGCAAUGUGGGGCUGCAGUGCUGGUCAUGCUUACCACUGGCCACUAACAGCUACUUGCAGAGCUGGGUCCCAAGAGAGGGUUUGUUUCCAGGACAACCGAAGUUUUAAUUCUGAUAGUCCCAGUAUAAUCGGGGUGCCUUCCGAGACGCAGACUAGCCCUGUGGAGAGAUACCCUGGGAGACCUGUGAAGGCAAAGCUGGACUGUAACCGGACCAGAGACUCUUGUGACUUCUCUUACUGCAGUGAGCCCUCUGAGCUGGACGAAGCUGUUGAGGAGUACGAAGAUGAAAACACACUGUUUGACAUGGUUUGUGAGUCUUCUGUUACAGAUGAGGACAGUGACUUUGAACCCCAAACCCAGAGGCCUCAAAGCAUUGCUCGCAAAAGGCCAGGAAUAGUCCCAUCUUCUAUCCAUUCGAGUUCCCAGGGACAGAUGGUUGAUGAGUGCAGUAAUGAUGUCAUCAUCAAGAAGAUCAAGCAAGAGAUUCCAGAAGAUUAUUACAUUGUGGCAAAUGCAGAGCUGACUGGAGGAGUAGAUGGACCAGCCCUUUCAUUGACACAGAUGGCAAAGCCCAAGCUUCAGACUCAUGCUGGUCCCUCCUGUGUGGGGUCUGCUAAACUGAUUCCCCAUGUAACUUCUGCCCUCAGUGCGGAGCUAGACCCACACAUUCUGUCAGCAUCCCCCUCUGUGAUCUCCAGACCAGUCAUCCCAAAGACUGCUAGGGUAUCUCUGGCUUCACCAAACAGAGGACCCUCUGGUGCCCAUGGCACUGCCCACCAGGUGACCAUGCAGAUGCCUGUGAGCACAUCACAUCCUAACAAACAGAUCAGUAUCCCUUUGUCUGCCCUUCAGCUGCCUGGACAGGAUGAGCAAGUUGCUUCGGAGGAGUUCCUGCCCCAUUUGCCUAGCCAGGUCUCAUCUUGUGAGGUAGCCCUUUCUCCCUCAGUUAACACAGAGCCCGAAGUGAGCUCCAGUCAACAGCAGCCCCCUGUUGCUCCAACCAUAACCACUGAAGCCACUGCACAGUGCAUUCCAGACCAGGAUGAAAGAGCAGCUGAGCUCAGCAGGGAGCAGAAUGAGAAAACCAUCCGGAGCACGCAGACCGCGCUCCGCAAUUUCCGGGAGUUCCUCAUCUCCAAGUACCCUUCCGAAACCAGAGAGAUCUAUGUCAUCCCUUGCAAGGAGCUAGAUGCCUACCUUGCCUCCUUCUUCGUGGAUGCCAGGCAGAAGGAUGGGUCUGAGUACGAACCCAACAGCUUGGCGAAUUACCAGUGUGGGCUGGAACGGUACCUGAAAGAGCACCGCUAUGGCUACAGCAUCACCAGGGACAAGGAGUUUAAGCGUUCCCAGGAGGCCCUGAAACAGAAGCAGAUUGAGCUCCGCUGCAAAGGGAAAGGAAACAAGCCACACAAGUCCAUGAAGCUCACCUUUGCCGACGAGCUCAUAUUGCGGAAGAGAGGACUGCUGAGCCGGUAUAACCCCGAGGGUCUGCUCAACCUCGUCUGGCUUAACAAUACAAAAGCCUUUGGGCACUGUACAGGCUUCCAUGGAUCCACCUUGAAAUGGGGCGACAUCCGGCUGCGGGUCACAGAAACGGGGCUCGAGUAUUUGGAAUGGAUGGGUCAGGACACCGGUGAUCUGAACGCCAAAACCAAGAGAGGAGGGACAGACUCGCGAGUCUAUGCCACGCAGCACGCCCCACAGACUUGCCCGGUGCAGGACUAUAAGGAGUACGCCCAGCGGAGGCCUCCGGCCAUGCGCUAUGAGGAUGCCCCCUUCUACCUGUCCAUCAAGCCAGUCGUGAACUUGGCGGCUCUGCAUUGGUACAAUUGCCAGGCCCUCGGCAAGAACAAGCUGGCCAAGAUGGUGAAAACCAUGUGCGAGAAGGGCAACAUCCCGGGCAGGAAGACCAACUUCAGUGUCUACCAGAGCUGCAGCACCUUGUCCGAGGCCCAGAGCAACCAGCUGGUCCUCAUCUGCAACAACCUGAGCCAGCAGGCCGCCCAGUCAGUGGCGGGCCACUCCAACAGCGGCAAUUUCAUUGUCUCCUCUUACGACUCUUCCUCAGACACAGCUUGACCAGGUGGCUUGUUACGCAAGACCUCACUUGGGUUUCUGUGUCCCAAGAAACUCUCCUUGUAUACUGCAUUUCGUCGCCUUUCACCUGCCCUCAGUGUUAACUUUAUAAAAUGCAAAUCUCUAUUUUUCUUUUUACAGAUAAGCCAAUGGCAAUAGUUUAGUACCACUAACACAGUAUUUAUAGGCUUGAGACAAAUAAGUGUGCUUGUGGGUGAUUACAUGUAAUUGCUGUUACAGACUUGGCAAAACCGUAGUGGUUCUCAGGCAACGGUAGAGAAAGAAUUCCGUUUCGAAAAAACCGUCAGAAAGGAAACCGAGUCAUUCAAGUCCUCACCAUGUCCUCACUCCUUGCCUCCUCACAUCCCACUUUUGAUCUCCUUCAUAGAUGGAUUUAUUUUUUUAAUUUUUAAAAAUUCUAUGAAUCUGGAGGAGACACCUUUACUGCUCCUGCCGGAUGUUGCUGAGCCAGAGCAGGUCAUGGAAGGGGUGUCUAUCAUAAGCUCGGCGUCAAGUUAUUUACGUGUGUUGUUAGUGUAGAGUUUUAGCUCCUGGACCUCACUUUUCACCAUAUAUGGAGAUCCCAGUGCUUAAAGAAUUUUUCUUUGGGGGGGGGGGCGGGACACAGGACGGCAUGUAGAAGGAGGAAUAAAGGUGCCAUUCUUUUUUGGAAGACGUCUCAUUUCUAAAUAAUAUGCAAGGUCUGAUACCGUGAGGGUGGGGAGACUGUUACAGAGCUCGUUUUUAGUGGUGUGAUUGGACCUGUGUAGGGUGUUCUUUUUUCCUAAGUCAGUGUAAAUGAGUUUGAUCAUCAGAUUUACAAGAAAUUUUAAACUUUCAAGAACUUUGAAAAUAUUUCCAAGUGUUAGAUUGUCUAUCAAGAAUAAAAGAGAGGGUAGAAAAUGGAGGCCCCACUAACAAUCUAGACACCUUGGUGGAGACAACAAGCUGCAGGAUCCUGUUACUGUGUCUAAGCAUUCAAUCCAGCUCUUUUCCCUAGGGGAGCACUUGACUCUGCACUUAGGAUCAAGGGAGCAUUGACACCCAUCUUAAAUCACAAUAGUUAGUUACCCAGCUUAGCAGAAUUCAAAGCAUUCUUGAGUUUCUUCUCAGUAAAUAGAAAUGCAUUCGUCUGUGGUAAUCUGUAGCUGGAAUAAUUUUGGUUAAACAUUUGUGGUGGUUUUUCCAGUCUUUGUUUUCAAGUCUUGAAGACUGUAGUAAAUUAUUAGUUAAAACACUUCAAAAAUCAAAUACAUUUAGUCAUUAGAGCCACAGUAAGACUGAGCUGGGUUCCUUCCCAUCCUAUGCAAUCAGUAAUAUGGAAGGGCUCUGAAAACCAUCAUUGGUUUGUCACAGUUGAGCACCCUGUUGGGGAGCUGUUUAUUCUUCAGGUCAACCUUACCACUCACAUCAGCUUGGAGGAUAGGUGGUACUUUAUUAUCUUCUGAUAUGAAAAGAGAAAUAUUUUCAUUUGCUUUACUAAAUUGUCACAGAGCCGAGCUUUCCCAUGGCUAAGUGGCUCUUUGCAUCAAUAUGUAAUAAGUGCACAGGGGCCUUUCUUCUAGGCUGUGGUCCUUAGUGCAGAAGUAGCAGGUGAGCCUGGGGCCUUGGUGGGUAGAAGUAGCUUUAUGAGCUUGUCCUUCUGAGAGAAGCAUCAUUAAGAAAAGGUAUAUAUUUCUAUACAAGUAUUGUCUAAAUCCUUUGAGCACCCUAAAGAGGAAGCAAGUUAUCCUCUUUUUAUGGUGAAAUCAUAAGUCGGUUAGAUGAAGGAGUCUGUCUUCUCACCCCAGCCUUUUUCUAUUCAUCUUAUGAGCUAGUUGUUGGUUUGGGUGGUAUGAGCCAGAAAUGAGAACAGUGUCUUUCCUUUGCUGAAGGCUGUCUAGUUUCAAGGAAUUCUGGGUGAUGUUUCGUGAUUGCACACAAUCCUCUGACCCACCUCCCCAUCGCCUCCACUUAAAUACGCAGCUGCUUUCUCCCAGCUCCUCUGCAGACCCUCCCCACUCUUGGAGGCAGACAAGCCCGCUGUAAGGGAACUUUUUGAAAGGCUGUUUUAUGUGGUAUACUUGUCAUUUUUUAUCGUCAUAGUUUUUAAAUCCUCGAUCAUGUUGGCAGCAGAGUUGGUUUUGAGAAAGGAAGCCUGUCACUGUGCACUCCACUAAGGAUGGAACUAGGCAGUUCUGAGUCCCUGCGGGUGGUGGUGAGAACUGACAGGAGCCCCUGCCCUGCCUCUCCUGAAGUACUACAUUUUCAUCAAGACAGCUCCAUCAGUAAUGUGAAUUGCUUUUAUUUAUUUAUGUUUUGCUGUGAUAACUAACCAGAUAGGAACACUGUGAUAUUUAGAUUAAAACAACUUUUUGAAAAAUGGCUUACUAGAAGAAGCAUAGCCAACUUAGAACCUCUUUAAUUAAAUUAUACAAAGUCCAUGACUACCUUUAAAUUUUGUAUUUUUAUCUAAACAGUUCUGAGGAUGUACCACUACCUGUUUUUAUUACUUAGAAUUUUAACUUAUAAAAUGAUUCCACGCCGUGGCAGAGGUGUACGCCAGCAUUUAUCAUGGUUAUUAGGGCUAAUGUGGAAUGUUCCAUACUCCGACUAACAGAUCUGCCUGCCUCUACCUCCCAGUGCUGGGAGUUUCUCCUAAAAUCAGUAAUACGGUGAAGCCAUUUGUGUGCUAUCCCUGUGUUCACUUAGGUGCAUACACACAGGAAAGCCAGGCUGUGUGGUGACAGUCGUCUGUCAGAGCGUACAGUGUGCCCCGUCCCAGGUGCUUCCCUAAGGUGUCUUUAUUAGUAAUUAUUUUAAAUGAACAUUGCUGCUCUUUGUAAGGGAGAAGAAGGUCGGACGGGUUGCCCUGGUCACACAGAGAGGGGAGAAGCAGUGCUGGUCCCUGAAGGACGUCCUGUUCCCACCAAGUCCUGUCCUUUUCUGUGGCUGCUACCCAGGCACCACUCACUUGUGCUCUGGUAAUUCUGCAGUAGGCUCUCUGAAGUCACAAGCUGUAGAUAAAAUCUCUGGUACAAGAUAGUUUUUUGAGAAAGGGCUUUGACUGGAGCCUGGGGCCCAGCAGUUAGGCUGGGCUGUCCUUUCAUAAGGUAGAGUGCUAGAGCUGGGAUGAAAAUUAGCAGUCCUUCCCGUCAAACGGGUCUGGGAACCCAGAAGUGCACUGUAGAUACCAUCUUCCAGUUACUGCUGUGUUUCUACUGAUAGCAGAUAAAGGGGAUUGUAUCGGUAAACUACCAGCAACUCUGAUUUGACCUUUCUAAGCAGAGAAAAGGAAGACAGAUCUCUCAAGGUCCAGCUUACCUGAAAAUUGACCCGUUGGGUUUGCCAGAACUGAAUGAAAGGCCUGAUUUGGUAUUGAAGAUUGUGGUUUCUUUAAAAUAUGACAUUUUAGUGUACUAAGUUGAGUUUUGGUGCAAGCCAUGAUGAAUUAGAAUCAGUGUUAGUUAGGUCCGAGUAUUGCUAUAAAGCCAUUGUCUUUGUUGAAUUGUGAUCUUAGAGGCCACCCCUAGAAAGGACCUAAGAAGUUGUCUCGCCCAGUGAUUACCAAGAUUUAGACUCAGAAACCAUAUCUUCCUUCAGGGAGAUAGUAAGGAAGGUAAAGGGAUGGAUACCUCAGAAAGAAUAUAUGAACGUGCACACUCAUACACAUUUGCUGGAGAGUUAGCUCCUAGACUUCCUCUGUCCUUUGAGACUGGCUGUGCUGAAUGGGCUGAUGUUACCUCUGUUCCACAGCCCCCACAGAGAUGAGUACCUGGGUCUUCCCGUCUCAUUAGGAUUAGAGCCAGGAGUACACAGACACCUGACUCCUGUCCUUACAGAAAAACUUGAUAGAAUUUAGAAAAGAAAUCCCACCUACGUGGAAGUAAACCAUGAGUUAAAUGUGUUUUUCUUCUUUUCCAAAUUGUAUUUUAAACCUCUGUAUAUUUGUUUGGGUUUUUAAGACUGGGUCUCAUGGUGUAGCUUUGGCUAGCUGGAACUAUGUAGACCAGGUUGGCUUUGAACUCACAGAGAUCUGCCUGCCUCUGCCUCUGCCUCUGGAGUGCUGGAAUCAAAGUGUACACCACCGUGCCCAGAAUUAACCCUCACAUUUGUUAUAGGCUGUUUGAAUGUGAAACCUAACUUUUCAUUGUAUAGGGUUAUAUCUUGAUUUUUAGCCAUGUUUCAUUGUAAAAUUUGUUAGAAUCACUUCUAGUGUAAUUGUUUCCUAACAAAUGUCACUCUGCUCAUCCCACUUAUAGUUAGUUGUCAACUAUAAAUGGGGAGGCAAACUACCCACAUCUCUAAGUAUUGGAUUCCAGUUGCAGAUCAUGGACCAAAGGGAAUUCCUGUUUCAUUGUGCAUUCUCCUGGAAAUCCAGCUCUACGGUACCCAUGUUAUUGGUUUGAGAUACAAUUUGUACUAUUUGACAGUUUGAGACAUACCUUCAGUCAAAAGGAUUACAAUUUUAUCGACAUAAUUAAGAUCUUCUUAAGUGAAUUUAUUCAGCAGUAAAAAGGGAAAAGUGGUAGGCGGUGAUACAGGUCUGCAGCAGGGAGAUUAGAAAUGCAAAGUGGGUUUCCUGUGUUAGCUGGACUUUUCUUCUGGAAUUCAAGCAUAAGAAAUUUCACAGACACAAUUUGCAAAUUGUGUUUAUCAGAAUCAGUGGAGACAAUAUCAAAUUUUAGGAUUUUUUUAAAGUGCAGUGUAGUUGUCUUUUUACGGAAUGUCUGACUUGGUAUGACAUUGGAAUUAGCAUUCUUACCGUUUUGCAUUGAUUUCCAUGGGAGCUUUACAAAUGCUUUGACCUAGUUGACUCGUUCGUGGUAGGUAGAAUUAGGACGGCAUUGGAAAUGUAGAACCCUAACAGUUAUUGUACACACAGUGUUUUAGUGGCUGUUGAGUGUCUGUGUUGUUACAUUUUAUAAGUCACGUACCUUAGAGUACUGUACUAUUAAUUUGUAAUUGAUUAUUUAUACUGGGUGUCCAUAUUUAGUAUUAGUCCAACCAGAUUAACUUUAUCUAACUGAACUUUUAUACCAGUAAUCCAUUAUGUUACACUUUAAAAAUAGCAUUUAUAACUAAAAAAACUUCUGCUUUAUAAGCAUUUGUUAUGAAAGAAACUUGCCAAAAACCAUUACAAUUUCUAUGCAUUCUAAGAUAAUUGAGUGACUUUGGGGGUUUUGCAUGUUGUUGUAGAUGCUCGUUCAGUGUUGAUAACGUUGCUGUGGAAUCGUUAGCCAUCGCUGCUAUCACUUCCUAGAGUUAGGCUGUGCUGCGUGUGUGUGUGUGUGUGUGUGUGUGUGUGUGUGUGUGUGUGUGUGUGUGUGACUUGAGAAAGUAAGUACUUGGUCUAGUCUUUGGAGACAGCACUUAGUGGCCUCACAAAAGGAACACGGUUGUCCUGAAGCACUGAACGUGUUUCCUGUGUACCAUUGCCGUCCAGAGAGCUUUCCUUCCCACACCUUCGAAAACAGAAAGCAAACAGUCUGUGUGUUUGGUUUUAAGUACUGUGUCACUGAGCGUUUUUACAGGAGAAGAGAGUCCAGCAGAGUGGCAGUGGAGCCGAACAGUCUCCCUGGCCUGGAUAUUUUAGGUUGACGGGGUAGCAGCAGGAGCCUGUGAGGCACACGCGGGCUAGCUGCUCAGCAUGGCUUACUGUUAGGAUUGCAUCUGCAAGAAUAACUAGUAAUUUCGGGGCUGGAGAGAUGGCUCAGUGGUUGAGAGCAUGUACUGCUCCUCCAGAGGACCCGAGUUCUAUUCCCAGCUACUACAUUGGGUAUCUGUAAUUCUAGCUCCAGGCCAAAACGUCUGCACAUACUUACAUAUAAUUAAAAAUAGUAGAAAAAAUGAACCAAAAAAAGAAUAAUUAAUGAUUUAAUGUAUACCUUAUAGUUCCUAAUGCCAGCUUUUGUAUCCAGUAUUUACUUAGGUCUGUGGCGUGUAUUUAGUAUGCCCAUCAGGUCUUUCAUAGCUGUCUGUCCAGUUCAGUGCCUGGUGUUUCCCGAUUGCCUCAGUGGUCCCACACACACUCUGACGACAGAUUAACUCUGUCUCCUGUACUUGGUCAAAAUUCAGCACGGAGAAAGUAUCAUUAUACUAGUAUUUAUUCUUUUACAGCAGAGGUUAAACUAUCAUGAAAUAUUAAGCAAAGAAGGCUGCAUCCUAAAGAGCCUUUUCACACCAACAUGCCAAAAUUCCCCAUGUGGUACUGGGUUUCCUCCUGUCAGCUCAAUCGAUAAUAAUUAUAAGAUCCCUUUAAUGAAAGGAUAAUCUCCUGAGGUAGAUACAGGCUUUUUGUGUGACUACCAGAAGCAUAGUGACAGCCGGUGCUGUGUUUGGACACAUGGGUGCUGAAAUUACUGAUUUAAUUCCAACAUUAUUAAAACUAAUUCCUCAAGGCCGCUGUCAUUCUUUGCUUAGAGCAGUGGCUCUCAGCCUGUGGGUUGCAGCCCCUUUGGAGGGUUAAGUGGCCCUUUUCCAGGGGUCACAUACCCUGCAUAUCAGAUAUUUACAUUACAGUUUAUAACAGUAGCAAAAUUACAGUUAUGAAGCAGCAAUGAAAAUUAUUUUGUGGUUGGGGUCCCCACAGCAUGAAGAACUGUAUUAGAAGGUCACAGCAUUAGGAAGGCUGAGAAACGGUGGCUGAGAGGCAGAGAAAGGCAGAUUUAACUGUGAGCCUCCCUGCCAGAAUGUGCUGUAAGUGUCCAGCCCUCCAUGAGGUGCUGAAGCAAUAAGAGGAAACUGGGUUCUGUGUGGUGUGAGCAGCCCUUGUCAUCCAGCCCCAGAGCCACACUGGAGCAUCUCUUGAUUCCUGUACUGGGAAAUUUCAGACACCAAAGACUGGCAUGGUAGGUCCUAUGAUGAAGUCUCUCUCAGUUGGUGGUAGACAUGUAUUUUCGGGUUUAUUUUCCACCCUUGGAGCUUGUGUUUUGAAUCUCUCUGUCCAAGGCCUUUAUGUCUGGAGCAAUUUUUUUGAACAAAUAGUAUAAAUACUUGGUAGGUUUUUAGUUUAUAGUUUCUAUUUUCCCCAUGUAAACAUUCAUUGCUAAAGUUGGACAUAUAGUUGUUAGAUCAGCCUCGUGGUGAGUGAUCAUUUCCGUCUCUGUGCGGUAAUAUAAACAUUAAAAUCCCAUUGACCCGAAGGCUGGUGAAGAGAAUGACUGGCCCUACUUGAAUCGACCAGAAUCAGUAUGUGGCCCAGCUGACCACUACAAGAAGACUUGGUGUGCUCUCAUGGAAUGGAGGCUAGGGUCAACUUCAGGGAGGUCCUUUGUUUUGUUAUAAAUCAUGCAAGUGUGCAUACAGUUCCUUGUCUUCCAUCACUGAGGACUUAGGGGAUAAAAAAACAGAUUUAUCAUUUUAGUCCCUGUGGUUGACGACCAGGCAUCUGUUUGAAAAUGCUGUAACCACAAUUAAUAUGCUUAGGGGGAAAUUUUCAUGAAACCACAGAGGGUCGUGCUGUCCUUUUAGGAUGUAUUUACUUGCCCAGGUUGGUAGAUUGUUGUCUUUCUGUGUGUUUUCUAGCCACUUGGCUUCUCUAUGAUUGACGUGGAAAAAAGUACAUGUGUGUCUGCCUCACUCAAAUCAUAAUUGAAAACUUCUUUUUAAAGCUGCUACAGUUCUAACUUGGGAAAGGAAGAAGAACAGUGUGGAUUAAAAUGAAAAAAAACUGUGAUAAUGUGUCAGCUGCUCCUGCCUGUCAAUGUUUGUAAUAUAGACUGUUUGGUUACUAAGAGUAUAUGGUAUUGGUUUCAUUUUUAUUUCGCUGCUCACUGACCUUUUACACUAAGAUGUUUCAUUUUUAUCAGCUCACUGUUUUUGCUUCAUAACUGUCUGUGCACUUGUGCUUUAAAUAAAGCUCUAGUUUUGUGUCCAUCA